CGCUGGCCCCACCCCCAACCCGGGUCGGCGCUUCACUCCAGCUGCCGGCGCCAUCAUGAUCUGCUUGGUGUUGACCAUCUUCGCCAACUUAUUCCCGGCGGCCCGCGCCGGUGUCCAUGAGCGCACCUUCCUGGCCGUGAAGCCCGACGGCGUGCAGCGGCGGCUCGUGGGCGAGAUCGUGCAGCGCUUCGAGAGGAAGGGCUUCCAGCUGGUGGCUCUGAAGCUGGUGCAGGCCUCGGAGGAGCUGCUGCGCGAGCACUACGCGGAGCUUCGAGAGCGCCCCUUCUUCGGCCGCCUGGUCAAGUACAUGGGCUCGGGGCCCGUGGUGGCCAUGGUGUGGCAGGGGCUGGACGUUGUGCGCAUCUCACGGGCGCUAAUUGGGGCCACAGAUCCAGCAGAUGCCCCACCCGGCACCGUCCGAGGAGAUUUCUGCAUCGAGGUUGGCAAGAAUGUGAUUCAUGGCAGCGACUCUGUGGAGAGUGCUCGCCGAGAGAUCGCGCUCUGGUUCAGCCCCAACGAGCUGCUCUGCUGGGAGGACAGCACCGAGCAUUGGCUGUAUGAGUGACCGCAGGGGACCCGAGGCUGAGCCCCCAGGGCCUGAGGACAGGCGUGCUGCAAUCGGUGUGGGUGACUUAGCACCCCCCAGGCCCGAGGUGGUGCUCAGAACACCCUUCUGUGGCCGUGUUGACAGCACCCCUUCGGACCUCCAAGAGGACAGGUGGGUCUGCCCAAACACUGGCGCGCACUGUUCAGAGCGGUGGCCCCGGCGCUCAGCUUGGUCCAGCAUCUCUUUUUAUAAUAAACUAAAGAAAACCCUCGUG